UGUCUUCGACCAACGUUAUCUUCGACUGAGUUCCGGAUUGUUUUAAACCGCCAAAAUCCAAUCCAAUCCAAUCCGGGAUCUCAGAGUGGCCUAGUCGCCUAGUGAGGUUGGUGAGGUCACCGACCUCUCUCACUCAUGCUUCGAGGUGAUGUCGGUGAAGUGGGUGAAGUCUGAUGUGAGGUUGGGUGAGGCCACUGUGGGGUGAGGCGGUCUAUGUCGGAGCUGCCAACGUUGCUGUUGGCUCCACGCAACUCCACGUCGACUCCUCCUCUCCCUGCUACGUCCGGCCGCGUGUGUUUACGUUCGGCUGCAGCUCGGCCAGCUCGGCUUUGGUUUUGGCGUUGAGUGAACGACCGCAGUUCGCGUGUGCUCCUGUGCGUGCUUUUGCCGUGUGGUCACUGUGAUUAGUGUUAUCUUGUGGUUUUGUUCUUCCACCCAAAUGCAGGAAUGCCUAGUCACCGGCGAAACUACUGUUUUGUGCUGGGCUGUAGAACAGGACACUCUCGCGUGAAGGACGCGCCGAAGGCGUCUUUGUUCGGUGUCCCCGAAGAUGAGGCACGGCGAAAGCUUUGGGAUAAGAACUUGCAUCGAGCGGACAAGACGUUGGAUGGGAUGUCUGCUGUGUGUGAAUUACAUUUUGAACCACGGUACGUAAUUAAAGAUUACGUGCACGUCAUUAACGGUGAAGAGGUACGCGUUCGGCGUGGGAAACCAAUGCUUUCGGCCGACGCAGUUCCUACGAUUCUCCCGAGCUAUUCGACGAAGAAAACACUGACGCACUCACGCACUGUUACGCACGCGAUCGCACCACCGCGCAGGAAAGCUUCAGGAGGAGUCGACCGGAGCACCAUCUCUCCAUUUAGACAGGAGCCGUCUCAGCAAGCGGACACGAUUGCUGUAGAACCCAGGAUCCCUGCCCUCUGCAGCACUCCUUCCUCCUCCACCUCAAGUGGUCCCAGGCCGUCGGGCGAUCAGACGGCGAUUUGUGUGGGUCCGACGGAGUUGGUGGAGCUUGGUGAUGGAGAUGCUUUGCUGGGGGAGACCAGCUGCCCAUUGAAACCAACCAAAGACAUCCAGUUCAGAUGCUGCUCCUGCGCUCAUGUCACCACAGAUCAUCGACAAAUCCUCAGCCACCUGGUUGCUCAUGGUGCCAAACAACAAAGUGCCAAGGCUCGUAAGAAGUGCGGCAGUGUGGAUCGCAUGAUUCAAACUUCCUUGGACAACAAACCUUAUAAGUGCCAGCUGUGUCCCCGAGCCUUUGCUCACCUCGAUAAUCUGGCUAUCCACAACCGAACGCACACGGGUGAAAAGCCUUACAGGUGCGGGCUGUGCCUGGAAGAGUUUACUUGCCACAAAUAUCUGAUCGAUCACAUUCGAACACAAAAGCAUGAAAAUUGUUACAAAUGCAAGCAGUGUCCCAAAGCGUUUUCUCGGAAGAGCCGUCUGAUUAUCCACAAUCGACUGCAUACUGGCGAAAAGCCUUACAAAUGCAAGCAGUGCCCCCAAGCCUUUAGUUGUAACAGAAGUCUGACCAGACACAAUGAAAGACACACAAUAAGUGGAAAGCUUUACAGGUGUAAGCUAUGUAGGGAAGUGUUUACUCGGUCUGAAAAUUUAACUGAGCACAUUCAAACAUACAAACAUGGAAACCCUUACAAAUGCAAGCAGUGUCUCAAAUCCUUUGCCAAAAAAUGCCAUCUGAUUGCCCACAGUGUAACUCAUGCCAGUGAAAAACCUUACAGGUGUGAGCUGUGCCCCCAGGCCUUUGCUUGGAAGAGUAGUCUGAUCAGUCACAAUCGAACGCACACAGGAGAAAAACGCUUCAAAUGUGAGCUGUGUCCGGAAGGGUUUACUCGACAGGAAAGUCUUGCCAACCACAUAAAAACACACACGGUAAAAAAUCCUUUCGAGUGCAAGCUCUGUUCCAAGGCUUUUGCUCAGAGGAGUGCACUGGUUUUGCACAAUCGAACACACCCAUGUGGAAAACCUUACAGGUGCAAGCAAUGUCCGAGAGCCUUUGCUUGCAAUAGCCAGCUGAUCAAGCACAAUCGAACCCACACGGGCGAAAAGCCUUACAAAUGCAAGGAAUGUCCCAAAGCUUUUGCUAGUAGUAGCAUACUGGCUGCACACAAUCAACUGCACACGGGUGAAAAACCUCACAGGUGCGACCAAUGCCCCAGAGCCUUUACUUGGAAUAGCCAGCUGGUGAAUCACAAGCGAAUCCACACAGGUAAAAAGACAUUCGAGUGCAAGGGAUCUCCCAAAACUUUUGCAGACAGUAGCAUGUUGUCCAUACACAAAUAAGGCGCACAGGGGACAAACCUUACAGGUGUGAGCUGUGUCCCAAAGAGUUUAAGCUGCGCAGAAGCUUGAGCAAGCACAUUCAAAUACACAAAGGUGAAGAUCCUUAAAAUGCAAGCAUUGUCCCAAAUCCUUUCUUUAGAGAAGCGUGCUGAUCUUGCACAGUGAAACACAUGCAGAGGGAAAACUUCCAUGUGCAAGCAGCACCCUAAAGCCUUUGCCUGGAAUAGUCAGUUGAUUAUCCAGAAUCAAACUUGCACAGGAGAAAAGCCUUACAGCAAGGUGUGCCCUCAAGCCUUUACUAUGAAUAGUAAUUAGACUUGAACACACAUGGUUGCAAAACCUUUUAGCUGCAAACUGCCCCAAAGAGCUCACUUGGCAUGAGUAUCUGACCAACCACAUUCAAUGCAUGAAAAGCCUUACUAGUGCAGUGAUGUGAUUGCCCCCAAACCUUUGUUAAAAGCUGUGUCCCAAACCUUUGCUAACAAAAACAUUCACAGUUUAAUGCACAUUUCAUUUCAUUCCAUUUUUAUUACCCUUAAA